GCCGCAGUGGUCGGAUCUCAGCUCAGUCUCUUCAGCUCUUCAGGCAGGACAGGGCAUGAUCAAGGUCCCUGAAUAAUGCGCCAGCACGGGAUUUGGGUGAUUUUGGCCUCGGCGUGGCUCUUGUGCUCCGGAGCUCGUGGUGACGAGGAGAAGAAUCUUCAGUGUGAUGAGAAGAGCGUGGAGGAUCUCGUAGCUUCGGCUCUCACGGCUCAUAAUAAAGAGCUGACUGACGGGGCCCAGCUCGCUCUCUAUCAGGUCCUGGAGGCCACCAAGGUGAAGAAUGAAACGGUGAAAACGGUGACGGUUCAUUUCACGGCGCGGGAGUCCGACUGUGCGGCAGGAUCAGAAAAGCCCUGGCAGGAAUGUGACUACCUGCAAAACUCUACAAAGGUGCUCAGACACUGUCACGUAAAAGCCGUGAUGGAGGAAACAGCCGAGAUCUUCUCACUUCUCUGUUCAGUGGACCCCCCGGUUGCGCGCGGCGUGCCGCCACCCUGCCUGGGCUGUCCAGAGAAGAUCGACUUGGAGAGCGAGGACAUAAUGGACCCCCUGAGCUACUCUGUUAACAAAGCGAACAUGAUGGAGGAUUACAACCAUCACUUCCUCCUCAACUCCAUCGCCUGGGUUACCAGACAAGUGAUCGCUGGAUUCAGAUACAGGCUGCAGUUCGACAUGCAGAAGAGUAACUGCAGUAAAGCUGAUUUUAAGGAACUGACAGACGACUGUCACCCAGACAAGGAGAAUCAGGAGUUCAUAAACUGUAACUCGACGGUGGACGUGGCCCCCUGGAGACACGAGCAGCCUGAGACGAACGUGCAGUGCGCACCAGGACCGUUAAUGUUGAAGACCGUUAUACGUAGACGCCCCCCCGGGUGGAGCCCUCUGAGGAACCUCCAAAGCUUCGUCGUCAAGGAAAAGAAGAAGGACUCGUCAGAGGAGUGCCAGGAGGGCAAAACAAGCUCCUGCGAAAAACCAAACGCUGCAUCUACGAUCGACCAGUCACCGGAACAAAGUGCCACGCCCGACGCAGGCACCGCCACGCCCGACACAGGCACCGCCACGCCCGACGCAGGCACCGCCACGCCCGACGCAGGCACCGCCACGCCCUUAAACUGUCCCAGCAAACCAUGGAAGGAGUUCAAUCCUCCUCCGCCCGCCCCCUCGGCUCCUCGUGCUCCUCCCCCUCCACCUCGCCCCCUGUCUGAUUUAGAUCUGGCGGAUCUUGUCCCACCUGUUUGAACCCCCGCCGCCGCCCCCCACAGCUUCAAAGCCUCAAGUUCCUUUGAUGAGUCUUUCUGAUUGAUCUUCAUGCUGAUUGUCACAUGAUGCAGCUUCAGUCGUCGUUUCUCUGUAUUAAUAAAAGUUACACAAAUCA